AAAGGGAGAGAGAGAGAGAGAGAGAGAGAGAGAGGAGCAGGUGGAAAGGAGGAGGGUCUCUGGGUUGGUCCAGACAGUUGCUCCUUGUGUUGCCCGCACAUUCGCAUCCUCCGCGCAUCAUUUUGAGGGAAACCCGGCUGUCGCAAACGCAGCUGUCCUCGGUCACUCUUGCGGUAUUGCUUCUGAGCAAAAACACACACCAGAGCCUCAGAUUUAGCACAGCUCGACUAUCCGUUUGUAAUAGAUACGGUCCAGUAGAAAUUGAGGCGUUUUGUGGAGAAACAUGGAUCCACCUGACGCCUUGUUUUCUUCUUACUGUCCGAGAAGAAGCGCACGGUGGAGAGCGGCUGAGGACUGAGGGAAACCAACUGUGAUCCAUGGCAGGGCAGCACAUCAUGAAUAAACUGCAACUACCAGCAAGGGAGGACCUGGCAUGGACCAUUGUGUCUAAAUGAAUUUGUUCAGCCAUGCAAUGUUCCUGGAAGGCAGUCAUUCUCCUGGCCUUGGCCUCCAUUGCCAUCCAGUACACUGCAAUCCGUACUCUCACCUCCAAGCCUUUCCAGCUCUGCUCCUUGCCCAGUCCCCAGAACUGUGGGCUGGGCAGCCAAGAUGCAGAGUCGUCCUUUGAGCGUGGAGCACCAGGCAAUGGAGGCUGCGAUGACUACCCGUACUUUUCCCUCAAUUCUUCGCGAAAAACGCACAUUCUGGUCCUGGCCACCACUCGCAGUGGCUCGUCUUUUGUUGGCCAGCUUCUCAACCAGCACCAGGAUGUUUUCUACCUUUUUGAGCCUCUUUAUCAUGUUCAAAACACGCUGAUUCCACGUCUGUCCCACAACAGCAAAACUAUGAAUAGACGUGUGAUGCUGGGCGCCAGUAGAGACCUCCUGCGGAGUCUUUACGGUUGUGACCUCUAUUUUUUGGAAAGCUACAUCAAACCUACACCGACAAACCACACCACUGAUAAACUAUUUCGUCGUGGUGCCAGCAGAGCAUUGUGCCAGCAACCUGUGUGUGACGCCUUUGGCCCAUCUGAUGUCAACGUGGAUGAAGGUGACUGUGUGAAGAAAUGUGCUGCUCUUAACAUGACCUUAGCGACGGAGGCAUGUCAUGAGAAGAGGCACGUGGCACUCAAAAUAGUCCGCGUGCCUGAGAUUGGAGAUCUCCGAGCUCUUGUGGAAGACCCACGUUUAAAUAUUAAAGUCAUUCAGCUGGUCAGAGACCCUCGUGGUAUCCUGUCCUCACGGAUUGAGACAUUCAGGGAUACAUAUCGCCUGUGGCGUAUAUGGAGGGCAACGGGGAGAAGGCCCUACAAUCUAGAUCUGAGCCAGCUCACCAUCGUCUGUGAUGACUUUCUAAGCUCAGUCUCCACUGGUCUCAGCCAUCCCUAUUGGCUGAAAGGGAAAUACAUGUUGGUUCGUUACGAGGAUUUGGCUAAAAAUCCUCUCCUCAAGACCAAGGAGAUCUAUGACUAUCUGGGACUCCCCAUGGAUAAAAACGUGGAAGACUGGAUUCAUGCAAACACUCGGGGUAGCAACGAGCCCUCGGCCAAACAUAAGUUUGGUACGGUGAGAGAUUCAGCAGCCAAUGCAGAGAGCUGGCGUCUUAAACUGUCAUAUGACAUGGUUGAGCACACACAGAUGGUAUGUCACAAAGUACUACAGCAGCUGGGAUACAAAGCUGUGAAAUCAGCUGAGGAACUGAAAAAUAUGUCCAUUUCAGUGGUUCAGGACAAAACUUUUGUACCGUUUUUGUAACAAAGAUAGUUCCCUGUUGACUAUUUUUGAUAUAUUUAUAAUUGUUGCCUUAUGGCCCCCCUAGGUUUUUAGUUUCUUUUCUGUUAUGUUCUUCCUCUUCUUUCCGAAAUUUGCACUACACUUUAAAGACUUUGAAUGCACCAAGGGAAUAACAGAAAUGUCGCCCUAUUUUACAGAACAGCACACUUCAAAGGACAACGUGAUCAGACCAGCUAGUUUACAUUUGUCUUAACUUGUGCGUUUGGUUUUACCCUUAGAUGUAAUCACACAGUGACUUUUUUUUUUUUUACUUUCUUUUUGUAUGCAAGCUGUUGGACAAAACAGCUACUGGGCACCUCAAAGUCAAAAGUGUUUGGGCAGAAACGUGAUUCUUUUUUAUACCUGUGAUGAGACAUUUGACCUGUACAAGCUCUGCUCUGUGCAAUAAAUUGUGAAUGUUGCAUUCAACCUUUACCAAUGGAGCAUUUCUCUCCACUCGGGAAUUGCAGAUACUUCUGACAAAUGUCACACUUGCAAAGGAUAAUUGCAGAAAAUUAAUAGGCUUUCAAGUUAAAGGGACAGCAUCCCACUGGAGGCCAUGGGUGUAUCAUCAGAGAAUAAACAUCCAUCUGUGAUGAAAAAACACACACUAAUGAGAGGUACUGCCACAGUCUUUACUAACAGUGUU